AUGGAUGUCAAGGCGUCACCCGAAGAGACAUCGACUAGCGAUCUAUCAGAAAACGCGAACGAUGUUAAGAAAGUAUCAAAGCUACUUUACAGCAAGCAUACUCAGGACAUAUUGAAGGUAAUUGACUACUUUAAAUCUCAAACCAGUGGCAUGACAAGAGAUGCCGGUGAGGAAGACGAAGAAUAUAAUUUGAUUAUUCAAGCCAAUGGAAUGACAGCCGACAUUGACAGUGAAAUUCAGACUGUUUACAAAUUUUUGCGAGAUCAUUAUGCACCUCGAUUCCCAGAACUUGAAUCCCUUGUUCUCAAUCCGCUUGAUUAUGCACGAACAGUCCAAGCCAUUGGCAAUAACAUGGACAUUACCAAAAUCGAUUUACGACCUAUUCUUCCUUCUGCGACCAUCAUGGUCAUUACUGUCACUCACACUACAACUAGUGGGCGUGAACUUAGCCCAGAAGAAUGGAAGAUCACCAAAGAUGCUUGUGACAUGGCUCUUGGAUUGGACGCUGCUCGUAAAAAGAUUAUGAGUUAUGUAGAAUCGCGAAUGUCAAUUAUUGCUCCCAACCUUUCAAAUGUGGUCGGAAGUUCGACAGCCGCAAAAUUACUGACGGCUGCUGGUGGUCUGAUGGCAUUCUGUAAAAUACCGGCUUGUAAUGUACAAGUAUUGGGAAGCAACCGUAAAACAAACACAGGAUUCUCAAGUGCAAGUAUGGAGAGACAUGUUGGAUACAUUUAUCACUCGGAUACUGUGUCAGCCGUACCACACGAUCUUCGUAAGAAGGUUGCAAAAAUCCUGGCAGCAAAAUGUGUUCUUGCAGCUCGUAUUGAUGCCCAACACGAAUCCACAGAUGGUGAACAAGGACGGAAAUUUAGAGAGGAUAUUGACCACAAGGUCGAGAAAAUGCAGGAAGCAGCACCUCACAAAAUCACAAAGGCAUUGCCUAUUCCUGAUGAAGGACCUAAAAAGAGACGUGGUGGGCGAAGAAUUAGAAAGAUGAAAGAAGCAUAUGCAAUGACUGAAUUGAGAGCAGCCCGUAAUAGAAUGGUGUUCGGUGAAGCAGAAGACGAAGUUGAUUUUGGUGAUGAGACUGAAGGACUUGGAAUGGCAGCAAAACAAAUUGGAAAGAUUAGGGCUUCAGUAGCUGACCAACGCAACAAAGUAAAAGCACCUAAGCAGAAAUCGUGGAAUACUUCUGGAUUGACCUCUGGGCUGGCGUCCUCACUUUCUUUUACACCUGUACAAGGUAUCGAACUCAUUGAUCCUACAGUUCAAGCAGAACGGGUUAAGAAAGCCAACGAAAAGUACUUUGGAGAUGGUGCAUUUUCAACAUUUAAGAAAUAA